UAACGCAGCUAAUUUCUCACCAUCAUAUCUCUCGAUUUUCAUAUAGAGCUCAAGUGAGAACAGAGCCAUCGAGAAUUUCCAUUACCAAACAAUUCAGCUUUAAUUUUAAAGCAUCUCAAAUCUCAAUUAUCUGAAUCUCACCGGGACCCCGCCAACUUUGAAGCAAGCGUAAAGUAAGCGGAGAGGGGAUAUAUUUCAAGGAGAUUGUGAAAGACGAGAGUGCCAAUUGCAGAAGUAAACAUGGCAGAGAAAUCUGUUGUUAAAGCUAUGAGCAAAGAGGCCAUCCUCAGCAUUGAGGACCUCCAGGAAGCAGGCUCGAAGAAAUUACCCACUUCAGCACGAGAAUUUUUCAACUCCGGGUCCACCGCCCAACAAACCCUCCACGACAACAGCACCGCCUUCGCCAAAUACCGGAUGCGUCCCCGUGUCCUAAAAGACGUCUCCAAAGCCAGCACAUGCACCACCGUCCUCGGUCAAUCCAUCUCCUUCCCCCUCUGCAUCUCCCCCGCCGGCGUCCAAGGCAUGGCUCAUCCAGACGGCGAGCUCGCCACAGCACGUGCCUGCACACUCAAAAACAUCCACAUGGGCGUCUCCAGUUUCGCAAACUACACCGUCGAAGAGAUCGUCAAGGCCGGGCUGGAGAAUGGUCCCAUGACGUACGUGAUACAACUGUAUACGAUGAAAGAUCGGGGACUGCAGGAGCGGAUUAUCAAGAGGGCGGAGAAAGCUGGUUGUGUGGCUAUUUUUUUGACGGCCGAUUCGCCGGUGUUGGGUGUUAGGUAUAAUGAGUGGAGGAAUGAUUUCCGUACGCCUGCUGGGUUGGAGUUCCCGAUGGUGGAGAGGACGACGGAGCAAUUGCAAGCGCAGACGCAUGAUUCUGGGUUUCUGGCGCUGAAUUCGGAUAGCCAUUCUUGGGCGGAGGAGAUUCCUUGGUUGAGGGAGAGGACGAAGAUGGAGAUUUGGAUUAAGGGCGUGUUGACGGCGGAGGAUGUCUUGUUGGCGAGAGAGUAUGGGUGUGAUGGUGUUAUUGUUAGCAAUCAUGGGGGAAGACAACUGGAUGGAAGUCCAGCCACUAUAGAUGUUUUGGCAGAGUGCGUUGAGGCUGCGGCUGGGAAGAUCAGAGUCCAUGUCGAUGGAGGAUUCAGGAGUGGAUCGGAUAUCUUCAAAGCAAUAGCUCUUGGGGCGGAAUGUUGCUGGAUUGGAAGGCCAGCGAUUUGGGGGCUGGCAUACGAUGGCCAAAAAGGCGUGGAGAAGGCCAUCGAAAUUCUGUACGAUGAAUUUCGACGAUGCAUGAUGCUGACUGGUUGUAAGUCGGUGUCGGAGAUCUCCAAGGCUUCGAUCGGUGUUGCGAGAGUCGAUGGGCCUUUGGCGCGACUAUGAGGCAGAUCGAACAUUGUAAGAAUCUAAAAGCAAAAGAGGAAUCUAGCGAGGGAAGAAUGGAGAUACACAAGCAAGUAGACAAUCUCUGGGUAGAGCCGAGAAAGGGCAUGGAAAGAACAUUAAUUCCCAGUAUUCAACCUCCUUAUA